GAUUUCUAGCUGAAUAUCUUACAAUGGAGGUAUUUACAGUAGUAGUAUUUCUUUAUAAUGUUGGAGUUGCAUAUUUUCAGCAAUGCACCGUCAGAACAUUACGUGUAGAUGCAGAUAAGACUGGGGCUAGGUUAAACAGAUAUACAUAUAUCACUUUCUCUAACAUUGGUCCGAAUGCAUGUUACAACGAAUGUAUCCGAAGAACAAAGUGUCGCUCAUUUAACUACAACAGCAUAACACGAAGAUGUGACAUUAACAAAAUGAUUAGUAGCUCAGAAACAGAGUUUGUGAACGAAACAAAUUGCGUGUAUGUUGAUAUGACACAAUACAGAGGGGACUCCUAUUAUGAUCCAUGUCCUGGCAGCGAUGCUUGUGUUGAGGGAGAAGUUUGCAACACUCUGAAAGAUAACAUUAAUAUAUGUAAUGUAGAUGUGAAAGAAUGCCUGAAUGAUUGGAUAUCAUUUUCGAAUCACUGUUAUUUGUUUGUGUAUACCAAAAGGUCUUUGGAAAAUGCAAAGGUUGAAUGCCAGACAUUAGGGGGAUACUUGGUGAAAAUUGAAAAUAGUGAGGAGAACACAUGGAUUAAGUCCAUAAUUAAAGGUACAUUGUACCAAAUGUGGAUAGGAUUAAAUGAUCGUCAAACAGAAGGACAUUGGGUUUGGGAUUAUGAUAAUUCAACGCUUACGUAUAACGAUUGGUUCCCUUCUGAACCAAAUGGCGGAGAAAUAGAAAGCUGUGGUAUGUUUUGUAAAGUUGAAUGCUGGACAAGUAGUUACAGAUGGAAUGAUGCUCCUUGUUAUAAUAAUUAUGGAUAUGUGUGUGAGAAACUGUUGUGA